AUGGACGACUCCGCACUCUCGUCGAGACAACGUAUCCCCGGUCUCCCUAAUCCUGUGGUUGACGCGGAGCAGCAGAAAUGGCUUUUCUCCGAGGAAGAGUUUUCGCGCACGCCGUCGCGACGCGAUAACAUCGAACGGGAGAAGGAGGAUUACAUCCGGCACCGUGCUGUGGAUUUCAUAUGGCAAGUCAGCCUGAUGUUGAAAAUGCCACCGCAGACCUCCAUGACUGCGUCGGUCUACAUGCACCGCUUCCUGAUGCGGUAUUCCCUGAUGGGCCAAUAUCCGGAAAUUGCGAAGGAGUUGAUGCACCCGAAAGUGAUUGCUGGUGUGGCGCUAUUUGUCGCAUUCAAGGUGGAUGAGACGAUGCGUCGCAUGAAGGAUUUCGUCAUCGCGUGUUGCCGCGUCGCUAUGAAGCAGUCGAACCUGGUGGUGGAUGAACAAUCUAAGGACUAUUGGAGAUGGCGAGACCUGAUCCUCCAAAACGAGAGUGUCAUGCUGGAAUACCUGUCCUUUGACUUGCAGCUGGAGUCGCCUUACCGCAUUCUCUGGGAGUACACUUGCUAUCUGGGCGUUCAGGAGAAUCGGGCCUUGAGAAACUCCUCCUGGGCCUUCUUGAGCGAUUCCACAUAUACUGUGCUCUGUCUGCAAUACCCACCUCGUGUCAUUGCCGCAGCGGCACUAUACGCCGCGGCUCGUCACUCGAAAGUCGCUUUCCCAGAUGACGCACAGGGCCGUCCGUGGUGGGAGCAACUCGAUGUUCGCCUCGACGAUCUCAUUCGAGCAUGCAGCACCAUCGUCCAAAUAUACGAGCGUGUCCAACAAUCUCACAACAAGAACUAUCCCGAAUUCGCUAUUUCUGAGGCUUUCCCCAACGACCCAACCCGCCUCUUCGACACAGACAAGUCCGCCUCUGAACAAACCCCCAAACCACCCUCCCUCUCCGUGACCGACGAACCGAUCACAAAUGGGCGAAAGCGCUCACGCGAGCCCGAAUCUCUUCCUCCAAAUGCCUCUGCACCGCUUUCUCCACAUCCUCAAGCCACCCUGAAUGGCAAUGGCGCAGAGCGCUCACCAAAGCGCCAACGAACAGUCACACCCUCUCUUGAACCGAGUCUCCCCAACGAGAACCAAACACAACUCCCCACCUCUCGACCUCGCAUUCCAUCCGGUGCACUACCCACCAAACCACCCCAGCCAGCACCUCACUCAGGCCCCGCUCUCAAGGAGUCGAGCGCCGAAGAAGGCGAGGUUUCAGAGAACGAUAAACCCGCUGCAACGGAACCUUCUGUCUCCGCUUCCGCUUCCAAUGCUCCAGCUCCACCAGAGACUGACAAGCAUGAGGAUGCAGGCAGUGAGGAAGGAGAGAUCUAG